UAAUUUUCCAGAUUUUCUGAAACUUUUUUUUUUAAUUUUCUUUUGCUGUGAAUUCCAUUUGUGAAACAUACCAAUUUUUAUUUACCAAGAAACAAAUUCUUAUCUUUGAUUUCAUUCAUUUAUCUGAAUUUAGGGUUUUGUGUAGUUUGAUUGCGAUCUAAUUUCUCUCUUUUUAGGGUUUGUUGUCGAUUUGAUUCGAUUUGUUAGUGUUGUGUUCUUUAGAAAUUGGAAUUAGAUUUUCUUCUUUUCAUGGUAUAGAAGAAGAUGGGUGCAGAAGCUGAAGUCGUUUGCCCUAAUAUUGUUCCGAAUUUUGAUGCUGUUCUUGCUUGCUCUCAACUUGAUAAAAAGACCUCAGAUUCGAUCUCUGAUAAUUCUCUUGGCUCUACCUUGCUGCAGUUUGUGCCUAACAUUCGCUCUGGUAGCUUUGCUGACAUUGGACCACGUAGGUUUAUGGAAGAUGAACAUGUAAAGAUUGAUGAUCUUUCUAUGCAUUUGGGAUCAAUGUUUAGAUGUCCGAAGCCAAGUGCUUUUUAUGGGGUUUUUGAUGGACAUGGAGGUCCUGAAGCAGCAGCUUAUGUUAGGAAAAAUGUUACUAGAUUCUUUUUUGAAGAUGUCAAUUUUCCUGAAGCCUCUGAAUUGAACGACUUAUUUCUAGAGGGAGUGGAGGAUUGCCUUCGCCGAGCCUUUCUUCUUGCAGAUUUAGCCCUUUCUGAUGAUUGCAGCAUCAGUACUUCUUCAGGAACAACUGCACUUACAGCUUUGAUAUUGGGAAGGCUCUUGCUGGUUGCCAAUGCUGGUGAUUGUCGAGCUGUCCUUUGUCGGAAAGGGGAAGCCAUAGAUAUGUCUCAAGAUCACAGACCUACAUACCCAUCAGAGAAGAGAAGAGUUGAAGAACUAGGGGGUUAUGUAGAUGAUGGGUAUCUAAAUGGUGUAUUAUCAGUGACAAGGGCACUGGGGGACUGGGACAUGAAGCUUCCCAAGGGUUCGGCGUCACCCCUGAUCGCGGAACCUGAACUAAGACAAAUCAUCUUGACAGAAGACGACGAGUUCCUUAUAAUUGGGUGUGAUGGAAUCUGGGAUGUGUUAUCAAGCCAACAAGCAGUAAGCAUUGUGCGACAUGGAUUAAGGCGGCACGAUGACCCAGAAUUAUGUGCAAAGGAGCUGGUCAGAGAGGCUUUGAGGCUCGACACCUUUGAUAAUCUGACAGUCAUUGUUAUUUGCUUCUCUUCUUUUGAUCAUCAGAGAGAACAGUCGGGGUUUCGGCCUCGGAGAUUCAGAUGCAGCCUCUCAGCGGAGGCGUUGUCGACACUGAGGAGCAUUAUGGAGAGCUAGGACAGUCUGAUUUUUUUCUUUUCUCAGAGUCAAGAGUGUAAAUAAGAUGUGUUUAGAAGUGAGCGAGCUUAUGAUUUACUUUGAUUGGUAGAGACGUUCCAUGUUAGUGCUGUUUUUAGGCUGCUUCAGUAUAUUUAGAAAAAGCGGCUUGCAGUUUUGUUAGGAGUAUUUAACUGUUGUGUUUUAGAUAUUUGUCGCUGGGACUGGUUGAUGUGCAUAUAAUUCAAGGGUUUGAGGUUGGAUGGAGGUGUAAACGCACUUUCGGAUU